GCGUCCUGUAAGGGAGAGAGCCGGACCGAUACGGAUGUUACACCCUGUUGGUAGUUGCACCAACCCGGGACCAACCGGCCAUUUGGACACACAACCUACUCCCGCUCUUUAUUUCAAUUCCCUUUACUUCACCUCACCAUUCCCCUCCCCUCCCCUUCAACAACCCUCGUCGCUAAACCAUGCCCGAAAUCCAAGUCCAAGAAGGCAAAGCGCCUUUCAAAAUCCCCUCAAUCGACGAGCCCUGCUUCACCUACUACAAGAUCAUCGGGGACCUCUCGACCGGCGCGCCCCCAGUCGUCAUAGCCCACGGCGGACCCGGCGCCGGCCACGAGUACCUGCUCUCCUUCGCCGACCUCUGGCCGCAAUACGGCCUGCCGGUAAUCUUCUACGACCAGAUCGGCUGCGCCGCCUCCGCGCACCUCCCGCAAAAAGCCGGCGACCAGUGCUUCUGGCAGGAACAGCUGUUCCAGGACGAGCUCGACAACCUGCUGGACCACCUCGACGUCGCGCGCCGCGACGGUCCCGGCUUCCAUCUCCUCGGCCAGAGCUGGGGGGGCAUGCUCGGCGCGGGGUUUGCCGCCCGCCGGCCCCGGGGGCUGCGGAGACUGGUCCUGGCCAGUGCGCUGGCGAGCAAGGAGCUAGCUACUCGGGGCACGCUUUUGUUGAGGGGGCAGAUGCCGCCGGGUAUGCAGAGGGCGCUCGACGAGGCUGAGCAGAAGGGCGAGUAUGAUAGUCCUGCUUAUAAGGAGGCGCUGGACUUCUACUAUAGGAAGCACGUGUGUCGUGCUGAUCCGUUUCCGCCGGCGGAGCUGCUGCCGGCUUUGAAGCAUCUUAGCGAGGAUACGACGGUGUAUCGGACAAUGAACGGCCCGUCACCUCUAACAGCAGACGGUUCUCUAAAUAACUGGACCGUCAUCCCCCGUCUCCCCAAAAUCACCUCUCCAACCCUCGUCUACAACGGCGAAUACGACACCUCGCACGACAUCGCCCAAGUCCCCUUUUUCGAGCUCAUCCCACGCGUUCGCUGGGUCACGUUCCCGGGCGGCGGCCACAUGUGCCAUCUGGAAGGCGGAGGGCUGCGAGAGAGGAUUCUGAAGGUCGUUGGCGAGUUUCUCACGCAGAAGGACGUUUCCGAGGCGCAAUGAUGUAAUUUGACUCUGGAAUUGAUAAUAGUCUUUCGAGGCUAUUCAGGUAGAUAGUCUACCCCUUAUUGUAUGUACUAUUACAUCGCAUAACACCAUAGCUUAAGAAAAACGCACAAAAGACCUUUCGCAUGUACGUACAGAGUAAAUUUUCUAUACAACAAUUCUAUUCAUGCAUGCCCUGCAA